AUGAUGCCAUCUGAAGCUUACGUGACCUGUGCUACCUCUGAUGAUUUGGUGAAAGGUGCUCUGGUAUUGUCUUAUACAAUUAAAAGAUUUGACCCCCAUAGACCUACCGUGGUUAUUGUUGGGCCACUAAUUUCACUGAAGCUUCUAAAAGAACUUGGAACACUCUUUACCUACGUUAUAAGAGUAAACUUACAAAUGACAAAGCAUAGUCAGCUGAAGAGCUUGCUGUAUGCAAAUCCAAGUCUACAGAAGCUGCUUACUAAAUAUUUUUGCUGGACUCUUACUUCAUUUUCUAAAUGUGUCUUCAUGAAUAGUUCAAUGAUGGUUUUAAACUACAUUGGUGAUGCUUUUUCAAGACCUACUUUUUCAUCUGCACCUGAAAUUUCCUGGCCUGAUUUGUUUAAUUCUGGAUUCUUUGUCUAUGAACCGUCAGUGAACAUAUUCAAUUCAAUUAUUGAUUUCAUUGGCAAAAAUUCUUCUCCAAUGGUUGAUGAUAAUAUGAUUAUGAACGAGUUCUUUGCCGACUGGCACCACCUCAAUAUCACUCACAGACUUCCAUAUGUUUACAACGUUCAAAUUGAUUCAAACCCUACAAAUUUUUCAGCCUUAAUAAGAUAUGAAAGAAAUAUAAAAGCUGUGCAAUUUGGUUCAAAUCAACACCCUUGGAAUUAUUUGGAGAAAAAUGUUGAUCAUGAUGAAACAUUGAAUAAAUACAUCAAUAUGUGGUGCAGUGCAUACAUUAAUGAAGUUCAACCAUUUGUCAGCCAUGUCUUAAACCAGGAAGCUUUCGAAAACAAAACGAAGCAGGAUGAUCAAUGUGCUGUUUCAUUUGAAGAUCAGUUAAAUAUUAGUAAGAUGAAUUGGGAACAGGGCAACAUCGAUUUCAUGGGCGCUCACAGUUUCGAUCACAUACAGAAAAGAUUGGACGAAAUGAGAUUAUCAAAUAAGAAGACUUAA